AUGCGAUUGCCUUACGUCGUGGUGGCGACUUUGGUAACUCUUUUUGCUGGCGGAGAUACUGUUUUGGCAGCAAAGGAAUCGAACCAAGCGACUCACGCUGUUCAGAACAUUCACAAUAUCCCUGUUAUAGCUCGUGUGCUGCAUACCGCCGUCAGCGAAGCCAACGUUCAGCGUUUUUUGCGAAUCGAGACUACAAUUGACUCGGAAAAUGAAGAGGAGAGGGCACUCCCAUCAGGAGUGAGCAAGCUCGCGGAAAAGUUCAAGCCAAGCGCUGACAAACUCAAGUCUCUCACGACUAAACUUGCUCCAACGACAGAGAAGCUGACGGACAAGGCGAUGGCCGUCGCAGUGAGGCUCAAACCCGUAGCGGACGCGUUCCCUGGAAAGCUGAAGCCGAUCGCGGAUAAACUCAUGCCUAUUCUCAAACCUCUUGCAGAGAAGCUAAAGGCAACCCCAAGCGUCGAAAAACUCAUAGCCAAGCUCAGGAACUUUGCGGAAAAGAUCAAAAACUACAAAGUUGGAGAGCAUACCAUCCGUGAGCGCUACACGAUGGCCAAGUUUGAGCUCUGGUUUAAGCAAAAUAAGACGCCGGAUGAUGUCAAGGCGAUGCUGAAAAUCGGAGAAGGGGCCAUAGUGAACACGAAGAACUACGACCUGUCGGUCCAGUACAACGCUUUCUAUAGGUGGGCCCAGAGAGAUAAGGAGGUGAAGGCGGCGAAAGCAGCGGCAGCGGCAGCGGCAGCAUGAUCUCUUGUGGUGACUAGUGGUUUGACUGUAGAGUAUGAAUUUUUUUUACGGCUAUCUCGACAUCAUCUUGCGUCCAGACACUCAAUGAAUGCAUUGGUUGCAUAAUUAGCGAUACAAACGCACCA